AUUCCCUCUCAUAACAUCAAAGAUUCAACAUUUUCGCUCUUGUUCUUGUGACUUGUGUCUGUGAAUUGUGAUGUCAAACUACACCUUUGAGUCUUUGACAGUGGAAAGCAGCGACGGAGUGAAUCUCCGUACAAGGGUUUUCAAGCCAGUGGAGGCUAAAGAUGUUAACUUGGGGAUCGUUCUGGUGCACCCAUAUUCCAUUUUAGGUGGUUGCCAGGGUCUCCUUAAAGGAAUUGCUUCUGGGUUGGCACAAAAUGGUCAUACCGCUGUCACCUUUGACAUGAGAGGCGUUGGUAGGUCCACUGGGAGACCCUCUCUCACUGGUUUCGCUGAAGUUAAGGAUGUUAUUGCUGUUUGUAACUGGGUAUCUCACACACUCUCUCUUCCCAGGGUUUUGUUGAUCGGUUCUUCCGCAGGUGCACCUAUAGCAGGGUCUGCUGUUGAUCAGAUUGAACAGGUCAUUGGCUAUGUCAGCAUAGGUUAUCCAUUCGGCAUGACUGCCUCAAUCCUCUUUGGACGACACCACAAAGCCAUCUUAAAGUCUCCAAAACCAAAACUCUUCAUAAUGGGAACACAAGAUGGAUUCACCAGUGUGAAGCAGUUGAAAAACAAGCUUAAUUCUGCAGCAGGACGUGUUGAAACACAUCUAAUUGAUGGGGUAGGCCACUUCCAAAUGGAAGGGCCUGCUUAUGAUGCUCAGAUGGUGGAUCUCAUCAUUAAUUUUAUUGCAUCAUUGUGAAGACAAAUAACUGAUUGCUGAGUGUGAAUUGUCUUUACUGUUGGGAUUAGUUUGUGUACAUAAUCUGACUUUUGAAUCUGUAGAUUGGACUGUGGAUUUGAGUCCUCUAUGUCACCUUCUAUGAUAGAAACGAGUAAUAGACAGAGUAAGCAUUUCUGCUUAUUGGAUAAUAUGAGAGAGAGAGAUAAGGAGGAUUACAAACAUAAGAACCAUCCUUUUCAUAAUUUAUAAUUUA